AUGCAUUAGAAAAAAUAUUUCAACAAUGUAGAAGAAUUUUUAAAAUCUUCACUUUAAUUUCAUUAUAUUGUCCAUAUUGCUAUGAGUCACAAAUAAAUUCUUGAUGAAGGCGCAUCAAGCUUAGGGUUAGCCUUAGCUAAUUGCACUAAUCUUACAAAUUUGAAACUUGAUCUUUUUGGCAAUAAAAUUGGUCGAAAAAGUACAUCAGCCUUAGGUUCUGCUUUAUCAAAUUGCCUUAAUCUAUAAAAUUUGGCACUUUAUUUAAGUUAAAAUUAAAUUGAUGAAACUGGUGCAUCAGCAUUAAUUUCUGCUUUAGCAAAUUGCACUAAUCUCUUAAAUUUGACACUUAAUCUUAGUCACAAUAAAAUUGGUGUCUUUGGUACAUCAGGCUUAGAUAUUUCUUUAGAAAAUUUGAUUAAUCUCACUAAUUUGACACUUGAUUUUAGUGACAAUAAAAUUGGUGCAAAAGGAGCAUCAUGCCUAGGCUCUGCUUUAAAAAAUUUGAAAAAUCUUUCAAAUUUUGAACUUUAUCUUAUUAGCAAUAAAAUUGGUGAUACAUACAUACAUACAUACAUACUCGCACAUGGUUACAUGCACUCGGGAUAGGGGCCCUAUAUAUAAUUACUUAUACAUUAUUAUUAUACGUAUACCAAUUUAUUUAUAUAUAAUUGUGGGUAAUAUACUAGAAGGGAAGGGUCACCUACACCCUAAUGGCAUUUCUACUAAUCUUCCAUGAUUUGA